CACACUUCUGGUCUCGAUGCACUGAGAGAUUAGGUUUCUCUGUUGGUACACCUGCUUUGCACCCACAACCAUUGGAUCUCCAGAUUUAUGUACGAACAACCUUGCUACGACAUUGUAGACGUUUCUUAGCGUUGGGAAAACAUGGCGUCGUUCAACAGUUCUCAUUCAAGUCGCUCCUUUCGUAUACGUCUUCUCCUCAUGGGACUGCUUAUUCUCUCGCAGGAAGCACAUUCGAUUUGCCCGAGUGUCUGUCGUUGUGGAGGUCAGUAUGCUUCGUGUGGAUACCAGAAUCUUUCAGCGAUUCCAGUCGGGCUACCUGAUGACAUACGGACCCUCUAUCUGGAUUACAACCAACUCACCAAGCUAGCAGCUGGCGAUUUCUCUAGCUUAUCUCAGCUGGAACAACUGUAUCUGUACAACAAUCACAUCAGUGUCAUCGAAGAUGGCGCAUUUCGUGGUCUGGCGAGUUUGAAAUUGCUGAGUCUCGAGAGUAACAACAUCGGCAUGCUAACUAACCGUACUUUUGAGGAAGUCCCUAACCUGGAAGAGUUGCACCUCCGAAACAAUCGCCUGUCUUCUUUAACUAGCGGCGUCUUCAGUCAGGUCCCUCGUCUUCGAGAACUUGAUUUGGCAAGCAACGACAUCGGGGAAUUCCCGACAGACGUCUCGCGAGACUUAAUGAACGUCGAGAUACUAGACCUGUCAUACAACCCAGCAAGUCUGCUGUUGACUCCUGUCUUUGGACAAAUGGUGGCUUUGCAACAUCUCAAACUGAACGAUCUUUUUGCGGCAAACAGUGCAUCUGUGGAGGAUUCUAUACCAGACUCAGCUUUUGAUGGAUUGUCAAAUUUAAGAAACCUCGAGCUCAAAGGUAACCGCCUCACCAAAAUCCCCGCAGCAGUCAAGACUCUUCCUAACCUGACUACCGUCAGUUUGUACCUAAACUCGAUUCAGUCUGUUAAUGCUGAUGAUUUUUACCGGCCCUCCCUUCUAGAAUGGCUCCAUCUUGAAUACAAUUCUCUGGUUGAAAUUCCUACCUCUGCGUUGGCAGAGUUCCAACACCUCACAGAUUUGUACUUGAAUUACAAUCAUAUCCCAGUGAUCCCAUCCCUGGCAUUCUUGCACAACCCUCGCCUAGCCAUCUUGCAUAUGUCUUACACCAAUCUUACAACAAUCGAAAAAGAUGCGUUUGUUGGACUGGGUCGACUCGAAACUCUCUAUCUGAAAGGCAACAAUUUGACCACCAUAGUGGACGGAGCAAUGAAUCAUGUUAACCCCAAUGUAAAUCUCGAGAUAUCUGGGAAUCCUAUCCGUUGUGAUUGCCAUUUGCGCGGGUUUGCAGCAUGGCUCAAGAACAAUCACACUGGAUCACUUAUUGGAGGUAGUUCUCUUCAAUGUGUUACACCCGACCGUCUGAAUGAUACGUCUGUGGCCGGUCUCCUUCCAAAUCAGUUCGCUUGCGCUCCACGUUCACCUUUCCCCACUCUCACUAUCUCGGCAGUACUUGAAACUAAAGUCCUAUUACCAUGUCGUAUCGACGCAGAUCCAGCACUGUAUACCUACUGGAUUACCAGCAGUCACGAAGAAAUCUCACCAGAACAGCCUCAUCCGCCCUUCGCUAUAGCAGAUAACGGUUCCUUGUUGGUAACUAACGUUAGCAUUUCCAACGAAGGACUUUACACGUGCGUAGUUAGCAACGAUGCCGGGGAAGCUCGGAGCUCUCUCAAUCUUCACAUACUACUGUCAGCUGCAAAACCAAUCAAGAGUAACAACAUAUCGAUCGUAUAUAUCUGUGUGGCCGGUGGCAUCUUGAUUUUCGUUGUUUUGUUACUUCUUGUACUCCUCAGGAGAGGCAUCAUUGCCAGAAAUAUGUGUAUUAUGGACAAUGAAGAAAAUGAGCAUGCAGCUCAUCAACAGGCAAACGCAGAGAACAUAGACAAUCCAACUGCAUCUCAGUAUCAAGCAUAUGAGAGUUUGGAUGGCGAGAGUUUGGAUGGCGAUGACAGCGGCGAUCAUGAAGCGAAUCAAGGUGACCAUGUAUACGACCAUCCACCAGCUGAAACACCACCACAACCUCGACCGCCACAUGAAUACAACAUGAAUGAGGGAUAUAAUAAUCAAGCAUAUAAUAAUAGGGAUGACAAUGUCAACGAUCAUGAAGAGAAUCAAGGUGACCAUGUAUACGACUUGCCACCAGCUGAAACACCACCACAACCUCGAUCGCCACAUGAACACAACAUGAAUGAGGGAUAUAAUAAUCAAGCAUAUGACAAUGUCAACGAUCAUGAAAUAAAUCAAGGUGGCAAUGAAGUAGGACCAAUAGCACCGCCACCACUACCACCACGACCAUCAGCACUAGCACAGGUACAAGCACAACAAUCACCACCAGAACACGGCGGGCACGAGGUCAUUGGUAUAAACGAAGGCUAUGCGAGUAUGCGAGAACCCUAACUCCCUAUAGCAUGAUUUACUAGGAACCACACAUCCU